AUGGACACACAAGCAGGAAUAUCUCAGAAGGACAUCUAAUGUUAUCCCCGGAUUGUAACAUAAAAGAUAAUGACAGCAGACAGGAUUCUCCAGGAGAUAACCCCAUUACCCCAAUUAUACAUCCAGCUCUAUCAGCUGAUCCCUUUGAUCCUGGAAAAUGUUCUCCUGAUCACUCUGAUAUUGGUGUAUCUGUUACACCUCUGACAGUAGAUAUAGAGUUUCCCUGUUCUAUAGGUGCCAGAUGUUUUACACAGAACACAAAGCCUAUUAACCCACAGACAGGUAACGCAAGUGAGAGGCCAUUUCUAUGUUCUGAGUGUGGGAAAUGUUUUGCAUACAAAUCAGAUCUUGUUGCACAUCAGAGAAUUCACACAGGUGAGAAGCCAUUUCCAUGUUCUGAGUGUGGGAAAUGUUUUGCACACAAAUCAGAUCUUAUUAAACAUCAAAGAUAUCACACAGGUGAAAAGCCAUUUCCAUGUUCUGAGUGUGGGAAAUGUUUUGCACACAAAUCAGAUCUUGUUAUACAUCAGAGAAUUCACACAGGUGAGGAGCCAUUUCCAUGUUCUGAGUGUGGGAAAUGUUUUGCACGCAAAUCAGAUCUUGUUAUACAUCAGAGAAGUCACACAGGUGAGAAGCCAUUUUCAUGUUCUGAGUGUGGGAAAUGUUUUGCACACAAAUCACAUCUUGUUAGACAUAACAGAAGUCACACAGGUGAGAAGCCAUUUUCUUGCUCUGAGUGUGGGAAAUGUUUUAUCCAGAAAUCACAUCUAGUUAUACAUCAAAGAAGUCACACAGGUCAGAAUCCAUUUCCAUGUUCUGAGUGUGGGAAAUGUUUUGCACGCAAAUCAGAUCUUGUUAUACAUCAGAGAAGUCACACAGGUGAGAAGCCAUUUUCAUGUUCUGAGUGUGGGAAAUGUUUUGCACACAAAUCACAUCUUGUUAGACAUAACAGAAGUCACACAGGUGAGAAGCCAUUUUCUUGCUCUGAGUGUGGGAAAUGUUUUAUCCAGAAAUCACAUCUAGUUAUACAUCAAAGAAGUCACACAGGUGAGAAUCCAUUUCCAUGUUCUGAGUGUGGGAAAUGUUUUGCACAGAAAUCAGAUCUCAUUAAACAUAAGAGAAGUCACACAGGUGAGAAGCCAUGUUCUUGCUAUGAGUGUGGGAAAUGUUUUACCUGUAAAUCACAACUUGUUACACAUCAGCGAAGUCAAGGUGAGAAGACAUUUCCAUGUUCUGAGUGUGGGAAAUGUUUUGCACACAAAUCAGAUCUUAUUAAACAUGAGAGAAGUCACACAGGUGAGAGGCCAUUUCUAUGUUCUGAGUGUGGGAAAUGUUUUGCAUACAAAUCAGAUCUUGUUGCACAUCAGAGAAUUCACACAGGUGAGAAGCCAUUUCCAUGCUCUGAGUGUGGGAAAUGUUUUGCACACAAAUCAGAUCUUAUUAAACAUCAAAGAUAUCACACAGGUGAAAAGCCAUUUCCAUGUUCUGAGUGUGGGAAAUGUUUUGCACACAAAUCAGAUCUUAUUAUACAUCAGAGAAUUCACACAGGUGAGGAGCCAUUUCCAUGUUCUGAGUGUGGGAAAUGUUUUGCACGCAAAUCAGAUCUUGUUAUACAUCAGAGAAGUCACACAGGUGAGAAGCCAUUUUCAUGUUCUGAGUGUGGGAAAUGUUUUGCACACAAAUCACAUCUUGUUAGACAUAACAGAAGUCACACAGGUGAGAAGCCAUUUUCUUGCUCUGAGUGUGGGAAAUGUUUUAUCCAGAAAUCACAUCUAGUUAUACAUCAAAGAAGUCACACAGGUGAGAAUCCAUUUCCAUGUUCUGAGUGUGGGAAAUGUUUUGCACAGAAAUCAGAUCUCAUUAAACAUAAGAGAAGUCACACAGGUGAGAAGCCAUUUUCUUGCUAUGAGUGUGGGAAAUGUUUUACCUGUAAAUCACAACUUGUUACACAUCAGCAAAGUCACAGGGUUCUUCUAUCUACUAUGCUUUUUGCUCCAGUUGUGGGUGAUGCCAGUUGGCUGGGACUCAGUCCUGGUGAAACAGCAGCUGCAACAAGUCAGAAGGCUGUUAAAACCAGAGUAGAUACAUCUAUGUUACAGACUACACAAGAUGAUACAACAGAUGAGGAUCCAGUGUAUUCAAAUACUCCAUAUGACGAACAGUCGGAGGGUUUCAGCUCAGAGGAUAUAGCUGAGCUUAUUGAUGCCAUGAAGGCUGUUCUGUCUCUGGAAGAAUCAGCUAAGGCAAUAUCAAAAUCUAAAGCACCUGUGUUUAAACGUCCAAAAACAGUUAAGAUUGAGUUUCCAUGGUCAAAGGAACUGACGGAAAUUAUGGAAGAGCCUUGGGCUACACCCAAUAAGAAGUAUAGAAUUCUGAAAAGAUGGGAUUCUUACUAUCCUUUUCCGACUGCGGACUGUUCAAAUAGAGAAGUUCCUCCUAAAUCAGACAGUUUCAGUUCAUGCAGCAAUGCGAGUGAUGGGUCUGAUGGUGUCAACAUUCGACAUGGUGGAAUAUGCACAAUUCCAUUCAAGACCUCUGCAGCACCUGAUUCUGACCAGAUGGAAUGGAAGACAUCAGACAAAAAGUCAGAUGAUAUAGCUUCCAUUAAACGUAAAAAGGUCACUAGCCUGGUGGCUACACACGAACCAUCUAGACAAGGGGAGACCCUUUUGGAUAUCAGAUUGGAUAUUACACCGGAGCUGGAAGUAGAGCCUUCCAUGAGCGAGGCAACUGAAGUGGAUGACCCAACCCCAGAGCCACGACCCCCGAAACAGCAGUGGUCAUCCAGAAACCCACUUCUGCCCCGCCCAGCUCACAACAGUUCUUUUACUCACAGCAGGAGGUUCUUAAUAGGACCCCAGACUUGGAGCAAACUUUUGGUAGAACGUCUUUCUCGUAUAAAGGCAGAAGAUAUAAGGAGAGAAGAAGAGACGUAUGUGACUGAUAUAAAGGCAGAAGAUAUAGAGGGAGAAGAAGAGACGUAUGUGACUGAUAUAAAGGCAGAAGAUAUAGAGGGAGAAGAAGAGACGUAUGUGACUGAUAUAAAGGCAGAAGAUACAGAGGGAGAAGAAGAGACGUAUGUGACUGAUAUGAAGGCAGAAGAUAUAGGGGGAGAAGAAGAGACGUAUGUGACUGAUAUAAAGGCAGAAGAUAUAGAGGGAGAAGAAGAGACGUAUGUGACUGAUAUAAAGGCAGAAGAUACAGAGGGAGAAGAAAAGAUGUAUGUGACUGAUAUAAUGGCAGAAGAUACAGCGGGAGAAGAAGAGACGUAUGUGACUGAUAUAAAGGCAGAAGAUAUAGAGGGAGAAGAAGAGACGUAUGUGACUGAUAUAAAGGCAGAAGAUAUAGAGGGAGAAGAAGAGACGUAUGUGACUGAUAUAAAGGCAGAAGAUACAGAGGGAGAAGAAAAGACGUAUGUGACUGAUAUAAUGGCAGAAGAUACAGCGGGAGGAGAAGAGACGUAUGUGACUGAUAUAAAGGCAGAAGAUAUAGAGGGAGAAGAAGAGACGUAUGUGACUGAUAUAAAGGCAGAAGAUAUAGAGGGAGAAGAAGAGACGUAUGUGACUGAUAUGAAGGCAGAAGAUAUAGAGGGAGAAGAAGAGACGUAUGUGACUGAUAUAAAGGCAGAAGAUACAGAGGGAGAAGAAGAGGCGUAUGUGACUGAUAUGAAGGCAGAAUAUACAGAGGGAGAAGAAGAGACGUAUGUGAGGGGUGAUCAGCAGUGUAAGGAGGAGGAGAUCCCUACAGAUAUCAGCACAGCAGAUGGACCCACAAGCAGGAAUAUCUCAGAAGGACAUCUAAUGUUAUCCCUGGAUUGUGAAAUAACAGAUAACGACAGUAGACAGGAUUCUCCAGGAGAUAACCUCAUUACCCCAAUUAUACAUCCAGCUCUAUCAACUGAUCCCCCUGAUCCUGGGAAAUGUUCUCCUGAUAACUCUGAUAUUGGUGCAUCUAUUACAGCUCUGAGAUUAGAUACAGAGUUUCCCUGUUCUACAGAUGCCAAAUGUUUUACACAGAACACAAACCGUAUUACUCAUCAGCCAGCUAAGGCAGGUGGGAGGCCAUUUCCAUGUUCUGAGUGUGGGAAAUGUUUUACAUAUAAAUCAGAUCUUGUUACACAUCAGAGACGUCACACUGGUGAGAAGCCAUUUCCAUGUUCUGAGUGUGGGAAAUUUUUUACAAGUAAAUCAAAUCUUGUUACACAUCAGAGACUUCACACAGGUGAGAAGCCGUAUUCCUGUUCUGAGUGUGGGAAAUGUUUUGCACAGAAAUCUGAUCUUUUUAAACAUCAGAGAAGUCACACAGGUGAGAAGCCGUAUUCCUGUUCUGAGUGUGGGAAAUGUUUUGCAUCGAAAUCAUAUCUUGUUACACAUCAGAGAAGUCACACAGGUGAGAAGCCGUAUUCCUGUUCUGAGUGUAUGAAAUGUUUUCCACAGAAAUCAGAUCUUAUUACACAUCAGAGAAGUCACACAGGUGAGAAGCCGUAUUCCUGCUCUGAGUGUGGGAAAUUUUUUGCAUCGAAAUCAAAUCUUGUUACACAUCAGAGAAGUCACACAGGUGAGAAGCCGUAUUCCUGUUCUGAGUGUGGGAAAUGUUUUACAUCGAAAUCGGAUCUUUUUAAACAUCAGAGAAGGCACACAGGUGAGAAGCCGUAUUCCUGUUCUGAGUGUAUGAAAUGUUUUACACAGAAAUCAGGUCUUGUUACACAUCAGAGAAGGCACACAGGUGAGAAGCCGUAUUCCUGUUCUGAGUGUAUGAAAUGUUUUCCACAGAAAUCAGGUCUUGUUACACAUCAGAGAAGUCACACUGGUGAGGAGCCAUUUCCAUAUUCUGAGUGUGGGAAAUUUUUUACAAAUAAAUCAAAUCUUGUUACACAUCAGAGAAGUCACACAGGUGAGAAGCCGUAUUCCUGUUCUGAGUGUGGGAAAUGUUUUGUAUCGAAACCAAAUCUUGUUACACAUCAGAGAAGUCACACAGGUGAGAAGCCAUAUUCCUGUUCUGAGUGUGGGAAAUGUUUUCCACAGAAAUCGGCUCUUGUUACACAUCAGAGAAGUCACACAGGUGAGAAGCAGUAUUCCUGUUCUGAGUGUAUGAAAUGUUUUCCACAGAAAUCAGAUCUUAUUACACAUCAGAGAAGUCACACUGGUGAGAAGCCAUUUCCAUGUUCUGAGUGUGGGAAAUUUUUUGCAUCGCAAUCAAUUCUUGUUACACAUCAGAGAAGUCACACAGGUGAGAAGCCGUAUUCCUGUUCUGAGUGUGGGAAAUGUUUUGCAUCAAAAUCAAAUCUUGUUGCACAUCAGAAAAGUCACACAGGUGAGAAGCCGUAUUCCUGUUCUGAGUGUGGGAAAUGUUUUGUAUCGAAACCAAAUCUUGUUACACAUCAGAGAAGUCACACAGGUGAGAAGCCAUAUUCCUGUUCUGAGUGUGGGAAAUGUUUUCCACAGAAAUCGGCUCUUGUUACACAUCAGAGAAGUCACACAGGUGAGCAGCCAUAUUCCUGUUCUGAGUGUGGGAAAUGUUUUGCACACAAAUCAUCUUUUGUUAGUCAUCAGAGAAGUCACACAGGUGAGAAGCCGUAUUCCUGUUCUGUGUGUGGGAAAUGUUUUCCACAGAAAUCGGCUCUUGUUACACAUCAGAGAAGUCACACAGGUGAGAAGCCGUAUUCCUGUUCUGAGUGUGGGAAAUUUUUUGCAACAAAAUCAAAUCUUGUUACACAUCAGAGAAGUCACACAGGUGAGAAGCCGUAUUCCUGUUCUAAGUGUGGGAAAUGUUUUACACAGAAAUCAGGUCUUGAUACACAUCAGCGAUUUCACAGGUGAGAAGCCAUUUUCUUGCUGUGAGAGAAAUAAAUCCGCUCUUGUUGAACAUAUUAGACAUUACCCAAGCACGGAAUCAUUUAAAUCUUCUGGAGUAUAAUUAUCACUGUCAUGCAAUGUUCCUCAAGGGUCAAUCCUAUCUCCUAUGCUUCAUGCAAUAUACAGUCUGGUCCAUAUAUGUUGGGACAUCGACACAAUUCUCAUAUUUUGGGCUCUAUACACCACCACAAUGGAUUUGAAAUUAAACAAACAAGAUGUGCUUUAACUGCAGACUUUCCGCUUUAAUUUGAGGGUAUAUACAUCAAAAUCAGGUGAACGGUGUAGGAAUUAAAAUGGUUUUUAUAUGUGCCUCCCACUUUUUAAGGGACCAAAAGUAAUGGUACAAACUAAACAAUCCUAAAUCAAAUAUUGUAAAUCAGUAGAUCAGUGCGCUCGUCCAGUUCAACAAAAAAUACUUUACUACUUAAUGUGGUCGCAGCCCGGAUCAGUGUUUCGUGAAUUGAGCUUUGACAUAUUUUCCAAGGGCGAUCUGAUUACCAUCUCCUAGAUGAAGACCUGGAUACAAUAUCCAUACUGAUAUGCAAAUAUUUAUCUGGUACGCAUAUAAAUUUUGUGUGAUAACUGAAUUUAAUCCCACAUACGGAAAUAUACUACGCUAUAUAGCGAUUCUUUGUGUCUCCUAGCAGCAUUUAGAUCCCAGCAGUAACCUGGACUAAAGAAUGGGGGACGGAUACGCCAUGUGUCAAGCCGUAAUCCGUACGCUAUAAUAUUCUUGCGUGUGACAAAACUAGUGAUGAGCGGAUUCGGUUUUACUCUGUUCUCAAAACGGCAUCUUAUUGGCUUACAGAUGUCAUGUGUUUUGUAUAGCCAAAAAGAUUCUGUUUUGAGAUCCGAGUAAAACCGAAUCCGCUCAUCACUAGACAAAACUGAUUGAAAAAUACUACACCAUAGUCGCUCUCUUGUUUCUUCCUUUGUUUCCAGAAUCCUAAAUCAAACUUUUACUUUUUAAUACUUUGUUGCAAAUCCUUUUGUCAGUUACAGCCUGAAGUCUGGAAAGCAUAGACAUCACCAGACGCUGGGUUUCAUCCCUGGUGAUGCUAUGCCAGGCCUCUACUGCAAAUGUCUUCAGUUCCUGCUUGUUCUUGGGGCAUUUUCUCUUCCGUUUUGUCUUCAUCAAGUGAAAUGCAUGCUCAAUCGGAUUCAGGUCAGGUGAUUGACUUGGCCAUUGCAUAACAUUCCACUUAUUUGCCUUAAACGCUUUGGUUGCUUUCGCAGUAUGCGUCGGGUCAUUGUCCAUCUGCACUGUGAAGCGCCUUCCAGUGAGUUCCGAAACAUUUGACUGAAUAUGAGCAGAUAAAACUGCCCAAAACACUUCAGCAUUCAUCCUGCUGCUUUUAUCAGCAGUCACAUCAAUAAAUACAAGGAAACCAGUUCCAUUGGCAUCCAUACAUGCCCACGCCAUGACACUACCACCACCAUGCUUCACUGAUGAGCUGGUAGGUUUUGGAUCAUGAGCAGUUCCUUUCCUUCUCCAUACUCUUUUCUUCCCAUCACUCUGGUACAAGUUGAUAUUUGUCUCAUCUGUCCAUAGGAUGUUGUUCCAGGACUGUAAAGGCUUUUUUAGAUGUUGUUUGCAAACUCUAAUCUGGUCUUCCUGUUUUAUUGCUCACCAAUGGUUUACAUCUUGUGGUGAACCCUCUAUAUUCACUCUUGUGAAGUCCUGGAGAGUGUUCUUGAUCUGGGCAACUGUUGUGAUGGGGUUCGUGCUAUUUAGUACACUAGUAGUGUACUAAAUAGCACGAACAGCUUGUAACGUAGAGUGGCAAAUUUAAUCUUUCUAUGUAUAAUGGAGAGAAAUAAAAGCUCCUCCCUAAGUUCCUGGAUGCCAAAUCACUGUCCUUAGUAUCUCUGUACGUUUUUUCUAUUAGAGUACUAAUUAGCACGAACAGCUUAUAAUGAACAACACAGAUUCUCACAACACAGAUUCUCUAAUGCCGACGAUCUACAGUACUGUGUUGCUCGAACAGUUAGUUGCGUCAGAAUACACUAAUUUAUACUUACUGGUAUGUCUAUACGUGCUCAUUACCGCUGUGUAUUUUAGAUAGUGAAUGAGUCACUCCUGCAGAUUUAUCCCGAUUUGUGUGAAACCUGUGUGCACCCUUCUGUUGAAUGUUUUACAAUGGAUUACACAGAAAAAAUAAUAAUAAAGUGAAUGUGACGGGAACACAAAAAAAAUUGACACUUUGGGAAUCGAACCCGGUACUCUCAGCAUGGCAGACCGGAGCCUUCAUCGCUAGCCCAUAGCACUGCACGGAAAAUACUCAAGUUCAUGUGUAAAAGUACUACAAAGAGCGAUUCCUCCCCAUUGGUCUUUGUUUAUGCCGUUAGGGGACUCGGACGCUCAUUUCGUGCACUGUACAUACUGUAAAGUCAAUGAGCUACAUUAGUUGUGUCUGCAUACACAAGUGUUUUAACACGUUCAUUUGCAUCUGUAUAAACUAUACACACAGGGAUUUGGCAUCCAGAAACUUAGGGAGGAGCUUUUAUCUCUCCCCAUUAUACUUAAUACUACGGGAUUUGGACACUCGCAUAUCCCUAACAUCAAUAGACCAUACUGUAUCUGUAACACGUUCAUUUGCAUCUGUAUAUGCUGUACUAUUUGCACCUUUACUGUAUAUACUGUUAUAGACUUUAUGACUGUAGCAUAAUGUAGCGUAAUGAGAUGCACCAGUAAAGUAGUUCUUACGCUGUAGUUCAGUAUUGUAUUUUAAUGGAGACCACACGCUUGCGCAUUGGUGAUUUAAAAAAGCGACAUCUGGUGGAUGAUCUUAGGUAUUACACUCAAAGGUAACGCCAAACGCUCUGUGUGCCUUCCUACGACUAGGCGCGCCUCCUUGCGCCCAGGUACGCUGCGUAUGCCUGAUCGCGACUAACGUUUCAGUCAGCCAAGAUAACGUAGGACCCGUCUGUAUAUUUAGUUCCUAAAUAAUACAUCCCAAAUGCUUAGGUCUUUUUUCUGCUGUUUAUUUUGUAUCUUGUGCUUUGUGUAAAUGUGAAUGUCUAAUACCAGUUUCCACAAUCUGUAUUGCUGCACGACAAUAUGGCGGCCAUUGGAACGUGUUUUCACUUCUAGUUUGCCUAACUUGUUGCUGACACUCAUCUUGAUAAGGAGUGCUGAGUGUUUUCUGAUACAAGAUCCUGUCCAUAUAUACCCUGUACAUUACCAUGUGCAUUAGAGUCACCCGGGUUCCAUCUGCGGUGGUUUGUUGUAUGUUACAUCUAUAUGGUGCGGAUACUCCUCU